AAUGACAUAACUGCUUUUCUUACAGCCUGAGGCUACACGAGCCGGAGAUGAAAUCACACGAUGAGGGGACAGACAAAGAUAAACCAUGAAUGGGCGAUGACAACCGGCUCAGACAGACACUGGGUACACACUCAUGCUUCUCUCUCUCUCUCGCUGUAGCGUGCAGUACCACCACCACCGCUCCUGCAGUCACAACGCACAAGCAGCUGAAGAGGAAGAGGAAGAGGAGGAGGGAGGAUGCUGGAGCGAGGCAGGGUGGGGCUGCUGAGUGACAGAGCGGAGGGCAGGAGAGAGAGAGAGGAGGAGGCUGCUCAACAGACGACCAAGAAACAGAGGGAGGAGGAGGAGAGAGAGAGGGAGGGAGUGUGUGCAUCCACAGGGUUUGAUUGCCGGCAGCAGUGGAGGGAGGGGGGGGUCUUCCAGACUGGAUGGGCCCAGCUAUGCCUUGAUGGAGUAUGGGCCAGGUUUUAGGAUUCUCCCACUGCCAGGAAUAUGGCUCUGUGGCGUCCACUCCAGACUCGACGCCUCCGUGCACCGAUGGCGGAAACGAGGAGUCGGAAAUGUACGAGUCGGAGAUGUACGAGCUGCAAACAGCCAGGGAGUGGUCUGAAGACGAGGAUGAUGAAGACGGAGAUCCAGAUGAUGAGGAGGGACUGGCUUCAUCCCCGUCCAUCUGGGGCACGCCGCGUCAGACCUCCAACGAGCUGACUUUCUCUUACAUCGCCAUUGCAGAGGCCGAGUCGGUGGGAGCCUCGCGACACCACCGCGACCGGCGCAGGGCCGGCUCACGGGGAAGCCGCAUCACUCUGAUCCGCACUGACACCUUGGAAACACUGUUGGACUCCCCCGAUGUAGACUGGGACCCUCAAGUCUUCCUCAAUCAAGAGGAGGAAGAAGAAGAGGAAGAGGAAGUGUCAGAAAGCAGAGAGGAGAUGAGGAUGGCGAGCGCAGCUGGAAGGAUGGAAAGGGAGCAGGACAGACAACCUGAGACUAAUACAAUUCAGCCCUCUCCCCAAAAUCUGGACACGGAUUCUCAGCAGCAGAGUUCCACACAGCUACUGGACGCAGCAGCAGCAGCCUCGCUGACCCCUGAGCCCGAGUCCCCCGUCAUUAGAGAAACCAUCUCAGUCAAGCUGCUCACAUCUGUACGACCCAGAAGCCCGGCGUCCUCGCCUCCUGCCACCGUCAGUCUAAACUCUCAGGAACAGCUGGUCAGCGAUCACUGGUUUUCAGCACUUAACCUAUCAGAGGACCUGACAGUAUGCAUCCAUAUAGCAGCUGGUGGCUCCAAACGAUUUGCCUUGGUGACAUAG